AUGACGUUCCCAGGUACUAACUGGUGCGGCGCGGGAGAUACUGCAUAUGGCUAUUAUGACCUUGGGUUUGCAUGGGAAGAAGAUCUAUGCUGCAGAGAACAUGAUCACUGCCCCGAUUUUAUCAUGCCUCAAGAAAGAAAACACGGCCUUCGCAACCCUUCCUCAUAUUAUAUUAGAAUGUCCUGUGAUUGCGAAAGGAAAUUCUAUCAAUGCUUAAAAGAUAUUAAUUCAUUCACAGCCUUUUUAAUAGGAAAGUUUUACUUUAAUAUUUACAAUGCGUGGUGUUUUAAAAAGGAUUACGAAAAGUCUGAUCGUCCAACAAACAGGUAUGACUUUAGGCCCCAAGUGUAUCAAUGGAUUGAAAUGCCAUCCUAUUAG